UGGUUGGAAAUUAGCUGUCAUAUAUCCACAAAAUUCCCUUUUUAUUUUUUCCUUCUAUAAAAUAUAUUUUCAUUUUUAUUACUAACUCUUUUCUAUAAAAAGUACUCCCACAAAAACCCAAAACCUUCUCAAUUAUUCCAUUUCAUUUCAUCCUCUUUUUUUUUCUGUUAAAACUCAAUCAACAAACAAUCCAACUAAAAACCCAUAAUUUUCAACUAAUCUUGAUUACCCACAAAAUUUUUUCCCCAUAUUUUAUUAAUUUGUGUGGAACCCAGAAAAAAGAUUUAAUCUUGGGAAAAAAAGUUUGUUUUUGUGCAAAAAUUCCGUUGAUAACUGAAGAAUUUUACUAAAAAAGUUUCAAACUUUAAUAAGUUUUUUAGGCUUAAAUUGAGUUGAGUUAUUGCUUCAACUUUGUAGCUCACCUAAUUUUUUUGGUUUGUUUGGCGGUUUUUUAUGCCCUGUUUUUAAGAAGAUUGAGAAGAAACUGAAGAAACUCAAACUCAAGUUUUAUGCUUUCUUGAAAUGCAGACUCUGCUUUUCUCUAGUUUAGAGCAGUGAGAUGACCGAACUUAAGAGGAGUGUUAGGCCUAUUGAUCAGGAUAGUUUCACAUCAGUUGCAUCCAAGCGACAAAAGGUUGAUAUAUCAAUGUCGAGCAAGGAAAGAAAAGAAAAGCUUGGUGAAAAGAUAACUACACUACAACAGCUUGUUUCUCCAUAUGGCAAGACUGAUACAGCCUCUGUCCUGCAUGAGGCGAUGGAGUACAUCAGAUUCCUGCAUGAGCAAGUGAAGGUUUUGAGUGCUCCAUACCUGAACAAUACACCAGAUACAAUUAUAGAGGAACAAGUACAUUAUAGCUUAAGAAGCAAAGGGUUGUGUCUCGUGCCAAUUGAGUGUACUGCUGGAUUGGCUCGCAGCAAUGGUGCAGAUAUUUGGGCACCCAUAAAAACUGGUUCCCCAAGAUUUUAGUACUCACUUCAACAAGUAUACAUGCUGUUUAAUUACCAAUUACCCCUCCUUGCAAUGCUUCAUAAUGCAGCUAAUCCGCCUUUGAGAUUUAUAUCAUUCAAGGGCAGUUCAUUUCUCGGACAGUAAGUGCUUUGCAGAUUUAGUCCUCGCCUGGUACAUGGUCUGGAGCUUUUUGUAGAACAGUCCUGGACCAAAGUGGAGAAGCAUGAAGUGAUUUAAACUUGCGGCCUCUUAAUCUUUAUGUAACUAGGUUGAUGUAAUGAAAAAACGUACGAGUUCUAUAUGAAAGGUUCGAUUGACCUGAUAAUCUGUGCGGCUGAAUUGGGAAUCCUUUGGGAGUUCUGUUAAAAUUCCCGGUAGAGGCUUUCUGAAAUAAUAAACGGAAUAUAUGGCUAUUGAUACUGAUCCAAUAAUUAAUUUAAGCUUGUAUUGGCAAAUCUUUAUAUUCAAAUAGUAUUCACAGAAUUAGAGUGAAAUGAAGUGUUUCUUUAUGUC